AUGCCCGUGGUUCAUAAGUUGGCCUUGGCAGAGUUAUAUGAAGAUGAAGCUAAAAGGCAGUCAUUGUAUCCUGACAAACCAACAACUGCAAAGAUCAGUAACACAAAAGUAUCCCAGAGUCUUAAAAUUGAUUCUCUUAGAAGGCUGAGAAAACCAGAGAGAAGCAUGAGCGAUGACAAAGAAAACCAAAGAUUUUAUUCAGGUGACUCGGAAUAUAGAGCAUUACAGAUUUCUGGGGCUUCUAAUAAUCCAAGUAAAAUUGUUGCUGAACUCUUCAAGGAAGCAAAAGAACAUGGGGCUGUCCCGUUAGAUGAGUCCUCAAGAGCAUCUGGUGAUUACAGUAAAGCUAAGUCAUUUUCUGGUGGUGGAUAUAGGUUGGGUGACUCAUCACAAAAGCACUCUGAAUACAUAUAUGGAGAAAACCAAGACGUUCAAAUUUUGCUGAAACUAUGGAGGAAUGGCUUCAGUUUAGAUGAUGGCGAGUUGAGAUCCUAUACAGACCCAAAAAAUGCUCAGUUUCUAGAGUCUAUUAAAAGAGGGUAA